ACUUUUAUCGCCUACCCUUAAGAAUUGACCAAAUACACUUCCACCCUACAAAAGCCUAACGUAACUUACACAUAUAACACAAGAACGUUUGCACAGCCCUAACGUCCGCUGACCAGCACGCUGCAAGCAAGAGGCCGUCGCCCCCUGUAAAGAGCACAACGAUGGGUUCUGGUGGUGCAGCUACCCCUGACGGUCGUGAAGGAGGCGUCAAACUAGUCGGCUACGACAACUUUGUGCGCCACAACCCGAAGAGCGACAAGUUUGCUAUUCACAAGUUUCACCACAUCGAGUUUUGGUGUGCGGAUGCAACCAACACUUACAAGAGGUUCCAGCAUGGGCUGGGCAUGACCCUAGUCGCCAAGUCCGACCAGUCAACCGCCAACACCCUCUACGCCUCCUACGUGCUUCAGAGCGGCGACCUGGUCUUCGCGUUCACAGCACCGUACGGCAAGCGCACGGCAGUCCCCGGGGAGGGCACCCCGCUGCCGCACUACUCUCUGGAUGGGGCGUACGAGUUCGUAAACACACACGGGCUGGCAGUGCGGGCCGUGGGCCUGCUGGUGGAUGACGCGCGCACCGCCUACGAGGUGUCUGUGGCGCACGGCGGGCGGGGCGUGCUGCCGCCCCUGGAGCUUACCGACCCGGCCAGCGGCGCCAGCCAGACGGUGGCGGAGGUGGCGCUGUACGGGGACGUUGUGCUCAGGUACGUGAGCGGCGGCUUCUCCGGCCCCUUCCUGGCCCGCUACGCGCCCACCCCCGACUCGCCGCGGCUGAGCUACGGUCUGGUUCGUGUGGACCACGCGGUGGGCAACACGCCCGACCUGCUGCAGGCGGUGGAGUACAUCAUGGGCUUCACGGGCUUCCACGAGUUCGCGGAGUUCGUGGCGGAGGAUGUGGGCACCGUGGACAGCGGGCUCAACAGCAUGGUGCUGGCCAACAACAACGAGUUCGUGCUGAUGCCCAUCAACGAGCCCACCUUCGGCACCCGCCGCAAGAGCCAGAUCCAGACCUACCUGGAGCAGAACGAGGGGGCGGGGCUGCAGCACCUGGCGCUAAUCACACACGACAUAUUCGACACCAUGAGGGAGAUGCGUGCCCGCAGCGACGUGGGCGGGUUCGAGUUCAUGCCGCGUCCCUCCGACCGCUACUACCGUGAGCUGCCCAAGAAGAUGGGGGAGGCGCUCACGCCGCAGCAGUACAAGGACGUGGAGGAGCUGGGUAUCCUGGUGGACCGCGACGAGCAGGGCGUGCUGCUGCAGCUGUUCACCCGGCCGCUGGGGGACCGGCCCACGGUGUUCAUCGAGGUCAUCCAGCGGCUGGGGUGUGAGAGGGAGGUGAGAGGCAGCGAGGUGAAGGACCGGGACAGCGGUGCAGUGGUGCGGAUCGAGCAGGCUGCCGGCUGCGGCGGAUUCGGCAAGGGCAACUUCAGCGAGCUGUUCAAGAGCAUCGAGGACUACGAGCGCACGCUGAAUGUGUGAGGAAGCGCACUGCGGAGGAGG